AUGGAACUUAAUGUGAAAUAUCGACGUGAUGACGGGGAGCUUCUUGAGGAUCCUACUACUUAUCGAAACCUGGUUGGUAGUCUUAUCUAUCUAACCAUCACUCGACCAGACAUCUCUUAUGUUGUUCACACUAUCAGCAAGUUCAUGCAAGCCCCAAGGCGUCACCAUCUCUUUGCCGUUCGCCGCAUCAUUCGCUAUAUUCUUGGCACACCUAGUCGUGUCUUGUUCUUCCCUACGGGUUCUUCCCUUCAGCUCCAAGCCUAUAGUGACGUUGAUUGGGCCGGUUGCCCAGACACCAGGAGAUCUACUACUAGCUGGUGUAUGUUUCUUGGUGAUGCCUUUAUAUCUUGGAAAUGCAAGAAGCAAGACCACGUCUCCAAAUCAUCCACUGAGGCAGAGUAUCGCGCCAUGUCUGCUGCGUGUUCCAAGAUCAUUUGGCUGUGUGGUCUCCUCACAGAGCUUGGGUUCAGUCCACUUCAUCCUACUCCACUGCAUGCUGAUAACACAAGUGCCAUCCAAAUUGCAGCCAACCCCGUCUAUCACGAACGCACCAAGCACAUCGAGGUUGAUUGUCACUCAAUCCGAGAAGCCUAUGAUCAUCAGGUUAUCACCCUUCCACACGCCAGCAGAUUGACAGCCGAUUAUACAGAUUUACAUAUUUAA